AUGAGCUACAAAUAUAACUUGGUUUUCACAGAUUCAACUGCCAUUUAUGAUGACAUUUACGUGAGGCUGUCGGGAUACUGUUCCGGUCUUCUUGAAGUUUAUUACUUUGGUGACUGGGCUGGUGUAUGCUAUGAUCGAUUCAGCCUGAGGGAAGCUGCGGUCGUCUGCAGGGAGCUGAACUGUGGUCGAGCACUUGCAGUUAGCAAAAACUACACCAACAUUUACCCUUACUUGAGUAGCGUGUCCUGUACUGGCUAUGAAGACUACUUGUGGCAAUGCUCUUUUCAACAAGGAGGCUGUGGAACCAGCGCAAAAGUUGCAGUCACAUGUGCAGCUCCUUUUCCACCAACCAGAACACUUGGUUAUACAAAAGAGCUCCGAUUGGUAAAUGGAAGGGAUCGCUGUCAAGGCCGCGUUGAAGUUCGGCGUGACUAUGGCCAAUGGGGGACAGUUUGUGAUGACUCAUGGGAUCUAAAUGAUGCAGCGGUAAUAUGCAGACAACUUGGAUGUGGACGAGCUAUUGAAGCUAAAGGUGGAGCCUAUUUUGGGCAAGGAUAUGGUCCUAUCUACCUGGAUGAUGUUUCCUGCCGUGGGUAUGAAUCCUAUCUUUGGGAAUGUGGAAACCAAGGCUGGGGAACUCAUAAUUGCAACCACAAUGAAGAUGCUGGUGUCAUUUGUUCAGGUAUGUUCUUAUCCUCUACAGAGAAGGCCCUCCCCCGGGGACUCCGAUUGGUAAAUGGAACGGAUCGCUGUCAAGGCAACAUUGAAGUUCGGGGCAACUAUGGCCAAUGGGGGACAGUUUGUGAUGACUCAUGGGAUCUAAAUGAUGCAGCGGUGGUAUGCAGACAACUUGGAUGUGGACAAGCUAUUGAAGCUAAAGGUGGAGCCUAUUUUGGGCGAGGAUAUGGUCCUAUCCACCUGGAUGAUGUUUCCUGCCGUGGGUAUGAAUCCUAUCUUUGGGAAUGUGGAAACCGAGGCUGGGGAAGUCAUGAUUGCAGCCACAAUGAAGAUGCUGGUGUCAUUUGUUCAGGUACCAGUAAAAGACUCCGAUUAGUAAAUGGAAGCAGGUGUCAAGGCCGUGUUGAAAUUAGGUCCUAUUACCAAAACUGGGGUACUGUUUGUGAUGAUUUAUGGGACCUGAAUGAUGCCAAUGUGGUAUGCCAACAGCUUGGAUGUGGAUAUGCCAUCCGAGCAACAUCAGGAGCAUUCUUUGGCCAAGGAUAUGGCCCUAUUUACCUGGAUGAUGUUCAGUGCAACGGGAAUGAACGCUACCUUUGGAAAUGCAGAAAUGGAGGCUGGGGAAAUCAUAACUGCAACCACCGAGAGGAUGCUGGUGUUAUUUGUUCAGACCCUGAUUCUAGACUUGAGCUCCGAUUAGUAAAUGGAAGCAGGUGUCAAGGCCGUGUUGAAAUUAGGUCUUAUUACCAAAACUGGGGGACUGUUUGUGAUGAUUUAUGGGACCUGAAUGAUGCCGAUGUGGUAUGCCGACAGCUUGGAUGUGGAUAUGCCAUCCGAGCAACAUCAGUAGCAUACUUUGGUCAAGGAUAUGGCCCUAUUUACCUGGAUGAUGUUCAGUGCAACGGGAAUGAACGCUACCUUUGGCAAUGCAGAAAUGGAGGCUGGGGAAAUCAUAACUGCAACCACCAAGAGGAUGCUGGUGUUAUUUGUUCAGGAGGACUCUACUACACUACACCACCAGUGUCAAGACAAUCUUGCGGUGGUUUUCUUGGAGAUCCAUCGGGAUCAUUUAAAAGUCCAAAUUAUCCUUCUGACUAUCCGAACAAUGUGGACUGUGUAUGGGAAAUACAAGUUAAAAACAACUACCGAAUAAGACUUACCUUUCAGAAUUUGCUGCUAGAAUCAUGUGAUACAUUCAGAUGCCCUUGUGAUUAUAUUGAAAUCUAUGAUGGAACUCUCCAUACUGCUUCAGUGCUUGGGAGAAUUUGUUAUGGCUCCUAUCAGACUUUUACAUCAAGUUCCAAUAUGAUGACGAUAAAAUUCCAUAGUGAUAGUGGCAUCACAAGAAGAGGCUUCCUUGCAAAUUAUUACAGCAUCUCUGCAGAUCAAAACAUAACUCUUGUUUGUGAGCCGACUUAUAUGGAAGCUGUAAUUAGUAGAAGUUAUCUGAACUCUCAAAACUAUAAUCCAUGGAGUGCCAGCUUGAUGGAUCCAAACUGCAGACCGAGGAUCACACCAUAUUAUGUUAUAUUCAACAUACCAUAUAAUGGUUGUCGGACCAGAAGAGAGGGUGAUGCCGACACGAUUACAUAUUUAAAUGAAAUCUCAGUAACUGCCCCUUCACAACACUUCCUAAGAAGGAUACCAGAUCUUCUUGUGCAUGUCAACUGCAAGAUGCUUCAAAACACUUGGAUAGAGACAGUGUAUAUCGCUCAGCAAACCAAAGAGAUCAAUGAAACGCAAUAUGGCCAAUAUAGUGUGAACCUUACAUUUUAUGACUCAUCCUUCUGGAAACCAGUGAACAAUAUGCCUUAUUAUGUCGUAUUAAAUCAAAGGUUAUAUUUGCAAGCUUAUCUCUACAGUUCUGAUUCCAACCUUCAGCUGUUUUUGGAUACUUGUACAGCAUCACCCUAUUACAAUGGUUCUACAACCCUAACUUAUGAUAUUAUCAAGAAUGGGUGUGUCAAAGAAUCUACUUACCAGACUCACUACUCCCCCUAUAAGAACAUUCUUCGCUUCUCCUUCCAAGCCUUUUCCUUCAUUGGCAGACACCGAUCAGUUUACCUGCAGUGUAAAGUGGUGGUUUGUAAAGCCUAUGACUAUUCCUCAAGAUGUAAUCGAGGCUGUCUGCUCCGAUCCAAGAGAGAUACAGGCUCCUAUCAGGAAAACCUAGAUGUCAUUAUUGGCCCCAUUGAAGUUGUGAAGGAUGGUGUUCAGAACAGAAACUUUGAAGUAAAGUCAGAAGUCCAGGAAAAUUUGGCGACUCCUGAUUCCCAUGUACCUUACAUUGUUGCUGCUGCCGUUCUUGCCGUCGUUGCCAUGAGUCUUGCAGGAAUUAUUCUGAAAAUCAAGUGGAAAAAACCAAUUCCGAGCUUAGAAAUUCUGGUGACUCUGAUACAUCCCCAGAAGAAUCUCAUUGAAAGAAGACCUCAGGAUUACUGUUCUAAAUUCUUGGAAUCUUCCCCCGAGAUGGAUCACACACUGAUUUUUCUUUGGGUGCUGCUACCUUCAGCCACAGCAUCUACAGUAUCUGGAGUAACUCCCAUGCCAUCUGAUGUUUCUGCAACAGCUGAACCUGGAUGUGGUGGCUCGUUUUCGGAUGCUUCAGGUUCAUUUUUUGGCCCAUAUUAUGCUGCAGGCAAUAGAAUGCAAACUUGUGUCUGGAGAAUUAACUCCCCUGAGUACUAUCCAAUAAGAAUAAAGCUUGAUUAUAUAAACUUAGACUGUGCUACUGAAUAUAUUGCUGUCUAUGAGGGAGAGCCACAGACAUCAACCCUUCUUGGGAAAAUAUGCAAAGGAGAAAAGACGUUUUACUCUUAUUCAGGCCUGAUGACCUUGCUACUAUACAGACAUUCUAAUACAGAAGGUCAAGGCUUCAUUGCAUUUUAUGAUGUAGGAGCGGCUUACACAACUCCAUUGCCAAUAGCUGACCUCACAACUCGUCUUGAAGAAACAAGUGGAAUAGGUGUUAUUGGAGAGACUAGCGCUCUUCCAACUUCUCCAAGUCCAACUGCUAUCAUAUUAACUCACUCAUCAGAAAAGGCCACAACUCCAGCUACUCCACCUCCACCUCCUAUCAAAACAACUAGCAAAACAGUCAUCACGCCAGAAGUGGCCCCUAAUAAAUCUAUAAGACUGGUCAAUGGAGGUCAUACGUGCGAGGGACGUAUUGAAAUCUUACGCAAUGGAUUGUGGGGGACCGUCUGUGAUGACUCCUGGGAUCUAAAUGAUGCAGAGGUCGUGUGCAGGCAGCUCGGUUGUGGAAGAGCACUCAGAGCACGGGGAAGCGCUUAUUUUGGUCAAGGCUCAGGAAACAUAACUAUGGAUGAUGUGACUUGUAAAGGGACUGAAAACAGAUUGGAGGAAUGUUCUCAUAGAGGAUGGUUCACUCAUAAUUGCAACCAUGGAGAAGAUGCUGGUGUCGAUUGCUCAGCUCCAGCUACUCCAUCUCCACCUCCUAUCAAAACAACUAGCAAAACAGUCAUCACGCCAGAAGUGGCCCCUCAUAAAUCUAUAAGACUGGUCAAUGGAAAACAUACGUGCGAGGGACGUAUUGAAAUCUUACGCAAUGGAUUAUGGGGGACCAUCUGUGAUGACUCCUGGGAUGCAAAUGAUGCAAAGGUCGUGUGCAGGCAGCUCGGUUGUGGAAGUGCAAUCAAGGCAUGGGGAAGGGCUCACUUUGGUCAAGGCUCAGGAAACAUAACGAUGGAUGAUGUGAAUUGUAAAGGGACUGAAAACAGAUUGGAGGAAUGUUCUCAUAGAGGAUGGUUCACUCAUAAUUGCAACCAUGGAGAAGAUGCUGGUGUCGAUUGCUCAGGUUCUCCUACACCUGCUCCUCCAGCAAACCAAUGUGGAGGGCAGCUGACAAAUGCUUAUGGAUCCUUCUCUGGACCUUAUUAUCCUGGAAAUCACACCAAUAUGACCUGUAUCUGGAAAAUUCAAGUGAGGCCCCUUGAACGCAUAAAUUUAAAGUUCUCUUCUAUUAACUUGGACUGUGACAAAGAAUACAUUGAGGUUUUUGAUGGACUCCGAUAUAGUUCAUAUCCACUUGGAAGAACUUGUUCUAGCGCCUAUCUCAAUUAUACCUAUUCAUCAACUUCCAACAUAAUGACAAUAGUGCUGCAUAGAGAUUCAGGUGAUUCAGGAAACGGGUUCUCUGCUCGUUACCAAUCUAUUCCACCAGAAAUGAGACCUACUACACCAGCGUCUACUUCUAAAUAUACAAGACUUUCAUGUGCUGAUGGAUUCAUGCAAGCACGGAUUAGCAUACGCUAUCUCAAUUCACUCGGCUAUAAUUCAUCACAGGUUUACCUGAAUACCCGAGAUAGAUCGUGUAGAUCUCAUAUUACAAGAGGUUUUGUUCAAUUUAUUAUACCAUUCUAUGGCUGUAACACAGAGAAAAGGGUGAAGAAUGAGACAACAACUUAUUACAAUGUAAUCAAGACACUCAACUCCGAUUAUAUUAUUACAAGAAAGAAAAACUUUCAAUUUCAUGUUAUGUGUGAAAUGAAGCAGAACACUAUAGUACAAGCAGUGUUUGUUGCCCAAAAUGCUAUUGACCUUACUGAAAAGCGUAUUGGCCAUUACAAUGUGUCUCUGGCAUUCUACUCAUCAUUAUCCUUCGCCCAUAAAGUUGUGGGAUCACCAUACUACGUUUCACUCAACCAGAAUUUAUAUCUCCAAGCUACUCUGCACACUGCUGAUCCAAAUAUGUUACUCUUCUUAGACACAUGUGUCGCUUCUCCAAAUAGUAAUGAUUUUACAACCUUGACCUAUGACUUAAUCCGAAGUGGAUGCCCACGAGACUCUACUUAUAGAAGCCUGUCCUCACCAAGAAACAAUGUAGUUCGUUUCCAAUUCAACUCCUUUAAGUUCCUUAACAUGCACAAUUCAGUUUACCUACAAUGUAAAUUAGUAGUGUGUAGGGCAGAUGAUCGUUCAUCUAGAUGCUACCAGGGAUGCUUAUUGAGAAAAAAGAGAAGCGUGGAUGAGUCUCAGGAGAAGGUUAAUGUUGUUGUGGGACCACUUAAACUUCUGAAGGAUGAAAAUGAAGUUCAAAACUAAGGAUCCGCCUCCUCAAUUUGACUAUGUUUUCUGGAUAAAAUGAUGAAAGCUAGAUAGAUACCUAAAAAAAAUAAUCAUACCCAUGUUACUCCAUGGAGAAAAUAUUUCAAAUCCAUAGCUGAAUACUACCUUUUAUACAAGUAAUUAAAAGCGAAUGAAAUAUUAAAACAUCUUUUUAAGAUUUUCAGAGCUCUUCAUCAGGCUAUUAUUAGGGGAUGAGGGAAAGGAAAAUUAGUCUAAACAGCAUUUUACAUAGACAAGGUCUUUUCCUAAAUGGCUGUGCAAUUUGCUGAUGCAGUAGAUCCUAAUAUAAACAGGCCCGUUUAAUUUUGUUAAGCACUUUAUACAAAAAUGCCAACGUCCAGUUGAGGUAACAAUCAUGAUGAUUGUUAGCCUUGAAAAUAUUUGAAAGUCCAUCAAUAACAAACUCUUAGUAAAACCAUUAGAAAACAGCUAACUUUUAAAACAUUCUUCAUAUGUUUUGUCAUUCUUAUUUUAUUAAAGUCUGACAUAGAAUAUAUACCAAUUCUAAUCAUCAACUUACACAG